AUGACAGCGGGCAAAAGAAAGAAUGCCUGGCGGGAAACGCCGUUGGUUGAAUCAGUCAACUUGUCAAAGGCUGCAGGAUGUCGCAUCUUCCUCAAACUUGACAACCUCCAGCCUUCGGGCUCUUUCAAAUCUCGCGGCCUAGGCAAUCUCGUCCAACAGAGUCUCUCCCGUUGCAAGGAUCCAGCAAAUGCCCAUUUCUACUCGUCAAGCGGUGGCAAUGCCGGCCUCGGCUGUGUUCACGCGGCAAAUUUUGUGGGACGGCCCAGCACCGUCGUGGUUCCCAUCAGCACAAAACCCAUGAUGAUAGCCAAGCUUCGAGCCGCGGGCGCGACCCAAGUGAUCCAGCAUGGGGCGCACUGGAGUGAAGCGGACAGGCAUCUGCGCGAGGUUGUGAUGAAGUCUGCGACUGCUCGUGGAGAGGAGCCCGUCUACGUCCACCCCUUCGAUCAUCCAGAUAUCUGGCAGGGGCAUUCGAGCCUGGUCGAUGAGUUAGCGACACAGUUCAUUGAGCAGGACAUCGAAUCCCCUCCGGACCUGAUAGUCUGCAGCGUUGGAGGCGGCGGUUUAUUCAAUGGCAUCGCUCAAGGUAUUCACAACCAGGGAGAGCUGUGGAAACGGCGAACGAAGAUCCUAGCCAUGGAAACCGCCGGCGCAGAUGCCCUGUCUCAAUCGCUAGCGGCUGGCAAGCGAGUGACGCUGCCAGCUAUCACGUCUCUUGCAACGAGUCUUGGAGCUGUGCAGGUCUGUGAGCGGACUUUCAACUUGGCACAGCAGUAUCGCGCAUCAGGCAUGUUGCACAAUGCUGUUUUGACAGAUGCCGAAGCUGCUAUGGGAUGUUGGCGGUUCGCAGAUGAUGAGCGUAUGUUGGUCGAGCUAGCUUGCGGCGUCAGUGUAGCAAUUAGCUACGGUCGCCGAUUGGAGGCUAUCCUCGGUCGGCCGGUCACUUCGGACGAAAAGGUGGUCAUCGUCGUGUGCGGUGGUUCGGCUAUGUCCGUGGAGACGGUGGAAUCAUGGCGAAAGCAAUACGGAGGUUCGCACCCUGUUCACAUGGUGUAA